AUGAAGUCAUCAGGGCACCACGUUCACCAGCUUGGAGAAUCUAGCUACGUCAAGCAUGGAACGAAGCACGAAGUUCACAGAGAGAUUGAGGCUAUGGAAUUUGUCCGCCAGCACACGUCUAUACCUGUCCCCUCUGUUCUCGAAGUGGUGGGCGUCAGCGAGAGGAACCCCGAUAAUCCAAACAGCUGGUUCUCUAUGAGCACAACCAUGACAUAA